GAAUCCGUAUAAAAUCUUCUGUAAAUGCAGAAAAGCCAAAUGUAAGAACAAACCAUCCUUCCAAUGUUUUUUAAGCAUUGAAGGUACUUCACAUUAUUCUAGAUAUUUGUGAUGAGCAACUUGUUUGUAGAGUUUCUCGCUGAACUCUUAAUGUAAAAUAUCGGAUUAUAUCAAGAUAAGACGUUAUUUAUACCAGAAACAACGCAAAUAGAUUUUUAAUUCAAGCAAACUGCAUGAAGUGGAAAAAAUAGCUGCAAAAUUGAACAGAAUGAUAUCCAAAGUGGUAAUUUUAGUCUGGUUCGUGGUGUUUUGCGGACUUGUAAGCCAAGUAUAUGGAGACGACGAUGAUUGUGGUGCCGACACUGACCUUAACGUAUCAAACGUCAGAUUCACAUUCUUAGACCAAGGCGUUGUUGUCAGAUGGAGCCUGAGGACUCCAACCAACUGUUCCAUCGAAUACCACUUGGUUGUUCAAGAUAGUGACCUCGGCGUAAUUCGAGAUGAGUAUUUGGAAGAAGAGUCCGUUCAGCUGGAUGCCAUGUCGGCUUGCACCGGGUACAACGUGACUCUUAGGGCCGUUAACAAAGCGAUACCAUCGCCAGAAGGCCCGUUCCUGACUACUUCCAUCCAGUUCCAUUCAAGAGCUCAAAUUGCACCCAUCCUAAAAUCGCUGGACGUAGAGACGACAUCUAUCAAAACAACGUGGUUGUUAGAAGGAGAGGGAAAUAGAUGCCCUUUAAGAAACUUUUACGUCAAUGGUGGUAAUUUCAAUUUUUCGAUACCUCUGGAAGAUUUAGCUGACAGGAGUGUUGUUCCUGUAGAAAUCAAGUCUCUCCAACCCAACACCAUGUACUAUUUCCAGGUUUCUGUAGAAAAUUCAGCAGGAUUGUCUCCACCUACUCCAGUAGCUGUGCAGACGCUUCAUGAAUAAUUAGGAAAUAAAAAGCUUUUCCUGGCCUUUCUAUCUUUAGUAGGUAGUUUGAGGUUAAAUCAACAAUCUUACUCUUUUAAUACAAUACAGGUUGUACAAAAAAAAAUAAAUUUAUAUUUCCAAAGUUA